GAGAGCGGGAGCGUGUUUGAUGUGUCUGAUCAGCAGAGAGACGGCAUUGUGCGAUCGAACUGGAAGCAGAGAAAUCCCGACUCGUAUUUAGGAGAAAAUCAAUUCAUUGCAGGGGAAUAUAUAGACUCGUUUAGAAGAAAUAGACAGAAGAACGCAAUUUUGUUCCCAUGGAAACGUUCACAACUGACCACACUGGCAUCGUCUGAAACCAUGUGAAGACGACUUGUGAGGGAAACUGGAACCACGUCCUGUCUUGGAGGUAGAGACGAUGUCAGCAUGAGGAAGCCGUGGAGUAGAUGCCGACGGGGUGUGGCGAGGGCGUGGCGCCAUCUGAACAGGAGAUUCAGCAUCAACGUGAUGCUGUGUGUGUGCUGCACCGCAUCCCUCGUCAUCAUGCUGGUCAACAUACACGGGUCCCAGAAUAUACCAGUUAGUCAUGAGCUCAAAGGUCGCUUUAGUGACGUCAUGGCAAUGUUCCGGCAUCAUACACACAGCACCCAAGGAUUCCAGAUCAAAGAAGUUAAGAAGGAGAACCUGAGUUACUACGACCUGUUUCCGGUAGGCCGACGCUUUAUGGUCAGGGAGCAGCAAGUGCAGGAUGGGUGUCGUGGACGGGAGACGGAACUCAGAGGGUUGUCCUCGGAGAAGUGGGCAUUCGAGCGGAUAGAGGUGGACACUGACCGGAGAACCUUGUACUGUCCACUGCUCAAGGUCGGCUCAACAUUCUGGAGGAGAAUAUUCUAUGCAAUGAGACAAAAUGCAACAAUAAACACUCCCUAUGACAUCAGCAUCAACAAAGCGCUGAUGUCGAAACGAGAGACGCUGCAGAAACUGCUACCUUUGAAUAGCUCAUCAACACAACAGUACUUGAAAGAAUCGGUCAAUAUAAUGUUUGUUCGUGAGCCAUUCUCGAGGUUAAUCUCAGGAUACGUGGACAAGUUGUUCGCGCCAAAUCCCUACUUUUGGACUGUCAUCGGCAAAUUCAUCAUAUCAAAUUACAGGAAAGAUCCGAGUCCACAAAGUCUUCGCUGUGGCCAUGACGUCACGUUCCCUGAGUUUGUGCAAUAUGUGGUGGACACGGAAGCAGGGGAAUGAC